CAGCAAGACAGUCGCAGGAUGAAGGGAAAAAGCAGCUUAAUCGUACUGGGUUUCAUGCUGAGUUUUAUCACUCAGUCAUGUUCUGAAACCAAGUGCAAGUCCACCGAAAUUCUGUCGGACAAUGGGUGCGUGGAUCGCGAGGGCUUCCUGAACCGGAUCAUAAUGCGUUCCUGGAAGGAUCAGGGCUUCGAAAAAGCUAAGGCGAGGGCUGGCCUGGUGGACGAUAUGCAGUGCAAGCCGGGCGAGGUGAGAACACCCUUUGGCUGCUCGAAGCCACCGUUUCCACCGCGCAGGGAAUCGGCGAGGGUGGAGAUCCACCACAGCAGACUGGAACACAACCUUAUAGUGCACGAUGGUGCCGGCUUCAAGGUGAAGCACCAUGAGGAAGAAGGAGAAAUCAAGCCUGUUCGCAAGCGUCGAAGUCAGGGGCCUCCAAUAUAUGGGCACAAUCGGCCACGGAAGUACGUAUUCUUGCCGGGAAGAAAUCUACAUCCGGGUUUCAAGUGUCGAGCGAACGAGGUCCUCGGAAGAAAAGGUCGCUGCAUCAAGAAAAGGCGAGCAGUUAAACAAAAACAACAUGAAAAACAUGAAAAACUUGAACAAGAUGAUGAUCAAUAUUACGAUACUGCAGUGUAUGGAUAAAUUUGAUAUCAUACAAAAUAAAUCGACUUGGAACGUUUUAAUCAUAA